AUGGGGUUCACUAAUGGAGGUGCUCUUAGGUGUGGACCGUAUGAAAUCCCGGCUUUCAGUUCACAACAAUCUGAAGACGCAUCAGUAGACACACCAGUGGAGCGUCUUAUAAAACAUAAAUGGACUCCAGCUGAUGACGAGGUUCUAAUCACAAGUCCUCAUGGAGGAGAGGAUGGUGAAAAGAGAGAGCAUCUUCAUUGCAAGAAGAGGUGGCAGAGAAUCAAUGAUCAGGUUAACAAGUUAUGUGCUGCAUACUCGGCAGCAGAGAGACAAAUAAGCAGUGGUGAGAAUGACACUGAUGUUCUGAAGAAAGCUCAUGACAUCUUCUUCUCUGAUCAAGAGCACAAGCUUAACCUCGAGCAUGCGUGGUGUGUGUUGAGGUAUGAACAGAAAUGGCUUAGCCUUAACACUCCUAAAGCUAGUGGCGUUUUGAAGAGGAAAAAUGUUGAGACAAAAACCCAAACUUCAAGCAACUAUGUUGUUGAUACUGAGAGCCGGCCUAAAGGUAUAAAGGUUGCUAAGGCUAAAAGGAAUACUGCUAAAGGGAAGUUUGUGGCUGAGUAUGCGACCAUUUGGGAAAUGAAGAAGGAGGAUUUGGAGAUGAAGAAGAGACUGUCAAAGUUGGCUAUACUAGACACUUUCCUUGCCAAGAAAGAACCAUUAAGUGAGGCGGAAGAAGUUGUGAAGAAUAAGCUCCUAGCCGAGUAUUUCUGA